GAUCCAGCCAAUCUCCUUUUGGGGCUGGGCUGUUUCAGAGUUUUGUUGAGGGGAGGAGGCUAAGAGGCCAUUUGUUCUCACCGAGCCGAGCCUGAGCGGGUGAAACAGACGGUGCCGCUGAGCGCUUUCAGAUGUGGACAGGAUAACGCAAGCACUCACAGCUCCUGCGACUUUUUUUUGUGCGUUUUCUUUUCCCGAUUUCAUUUAAGAACUCCUGCUGGUGCAAGGGAAGAAUUCUAAUUUGCGAGACGUUUCAACAAUUAAAAAUCACAUCAAGCAGUCCGGAGCACUAAAACCUCGUGCUUAUUGCGCUUUUAUCUUGGAGUUCACUGGAACCGAACUGUCAGGAUGUCAGACCUGUCUGUGAAUGAUCAUCUAGAGGGAAUAUUGUCAGAUUUUGAGGCGUUGAAGAGGUCCUUCGACAUUGAGGAUGUGGAUGAGAUCCCCACCUUCUCUCCCACCUCUCCACUCAACUCUCCCUUCAGUCCCACCCCCGCUGGCCUCAUCAUAAACAAGACCACUGAUGGCAGAGGACCAGGAGCCCAUGUUCCUCCAUCCUACCAGUCGCGGAUCAGCAUCGGCUCCAGUCCCGCCCAGAGUCCAGUUCUGAAGAAUAAAAUGGUCAGCAGCUUGUCUUUUAACCGUGGCUCAAUGGCCGUUGCCAAAACCAACGGUAGUGCAGGUUCCGGCAUUACUCGAGUCUCCUCUUUUCAGACUAAAUUCAACCCCAAUGGCUUCUCCUCUUCAUCAGGUCCGGGGAGUGACAAUGACAGCCUUCAUAGCUCUUCCUCUAGCCUAGAAUAUCAAACCUCUUCCAAAAUGACCUCCUAUGCCAGCCCUCCCCAAAGUCCAAUGGGUGUAGGCGACUACAAGACUCAGCGCCUCUACAGCCCUGCCUUGAAGAAGUUCUCAUCCCAUGGAAACAUGUUCCAUUCCGAGGUGGAGCCUCCCAUGGUCUUAGCUGCUGAGCCGAUUGGAUUGAACCAUGGCUCCAUGCCCUCCUUGGAUCUCCACAUCGCUGAAAGUCGAGGGAUAACAAGUGCAAGCUCUCCAGGCCUAAGGUAUGGCAACACUGGACCUUCCUGGAAUUCUGUAUCUCACCGACAGAAUUCCUUUCCACUUGAACGGGAGCCGUCUUUCUCCUCCAGCACCCGGGCUCCAAAACCCAAGGAGCCCAUGAGGCUUAACAAGUUCCCUCUGGAUCUGGAUAACCUGGUGGCCAGGCCUCAAGAAGCUCCUCCUGAGGUUGUGCCCAAAGCUGUCCCAAGAUCCAGCUCCAAGCUGAACAGCCUCCCUGGUUCUUCCAGCCCUGCUGCAUUAAACAGCUUAGACAACAUAGAGAGGGCAUCACCCUAUGGUAAUAUGGCCAAAACAGUGCCUGUUCACCCUCCAGGAUCUUUCCCUGUCCCAUGUGUCAGUGCAUCUCCAGUUCUCCUCUCCCCGCCCCAGACCCCCCAGUUUAAAAUCGUCUCGCAGCCACAGGUUGUUCUGCUAAGCCCCGAGUCUCUGCCAGAGCCUGCCCUUCAGAAGGUUCUCCAAGAUACUGCGGUCAGCAGUGAGCUCUCCCAGGCAGUUGCUCCGCCAAAGGAGAGUGUGGGCUCCAUCCUCCAGAGGAUCGCCUCAUUCUCACGAGCUGACAACAGGAGCCUGACCAGACCUGGGGAGAAGUACCACGAUGACAAGGCGACCGAGAGAGAGGAGCUCCAAUUACCACAGGAGGACCUGCGAAUGAAGAGGCGGGAAGACGCGCUGCAAGGGCUGGAGCCGAGAGUCCAGAUGGCAGACCAAGAGCCAGACCAGCUGCCUGAGCACCAGAACGAGCUGGCCCCGGAGGGACCCAUCAGGGGCCGCGAGCUCUUCGGAUAUGUGGGCAUCGAGGCCGUUCUGGACCAGAUGAGACGCAAGGCCAUGAAGACUGGCUUUGAGUUCAACAUCAUGGUCGUGGGUCAGAGUGGUCUGGGCAAGUCAACGCUGGUGAAUACGUUGUUCAAAUCCAAGGUGAGCCGGAAGUCAUGCACGCCCAACUAUGAGGAGAAGAUUCCCAAGACGGUGAACCUGCAGUCAGUCAGCCAUGUUAUUGAAGAAAAGGGGGUGAAAAUGAAGCUAACAGUGAUAGACACACCAGGUUUUGGAGACCAGAUCAACAAUGAGGACUGCUGGGAGCCCAUAGUGAAGUACAUCAACGAGCAGUAUGAGAAAUACCUGAAGGAGGAGCUCAACAUCAACAGGAAAAGGAGAAUCCCGGAUACCAGGAUCCACUGCUGUGUCUACUUUGUGCCGCCGACAGGCCAUUGGUUGCGUCCCAUCGACCUGGAGUUCAUGAAGCGACUGGGCAAAAUCGUGAGCAUCGUGCCAGUGAUUGCCAAAGCAGACACACUCACCAUGGAAGAGAGGCUGGAGUUCAAGCAACGGAUCCGGCAGGACCUGCAGACCCAUGGGAUCAGAGUGUUUCCACAACGGGAGUAUGAUGAGGAUGCUGAGGACAGGAUACUGAAUGAUAAAAUCAGGGAAAAGAUCCCGUUUGCAGUGGUGGGCACAGACAAAGAGCAUCAGGUGAAUGGAAACAAGGUCCUGGGCAGGAAGACUAAAUGGGGGAUCAUUGAAGUUGAAAAUGUUGCGCACUGCGAGUUUGCCAACUUGAGGGAUCUGCUUAUCAGGUCCCACCUACAGGAUCUGAAAGAUGUCACGCACAACAUCCAUUACGAGACCUACAGAGUGCGGAAGCUCAACGAAAGCAACAUGAACGGAUUGGGACUUUCACCUUUGACCCCGGUGAAUGGCACACUGGGGAAGAGCGAGGCGGAGAGUCACCUCUGAGGGGAGACGGGGGAAGAGAGGACAACCACGCCGAUGAAUCCAGGUUCAUCCUCUCACUUUCUCCCUGUCCUUUCCUUCAGCACGGCAGGAAGACCCUUGUAUACCAACACCUACUCCUCUCUUGCUAAGAAAUGUCCCAGGACUGGACCACACCUUGGACAGUCCUGUUGUCCUGCAGACGUUACCACUAAGUAAAGCAUUUCUACUAAUGUCAAAGUGUCUAUGAAUACAAAGAGGGGGCUCUGCGACUCUGGUAGCUUGACAAAAAUGGUAUCUGCAACGUGCUGAAUUCUCAAGGGAGGACAGAAGAGAAUGCACAAGCUAAACCUCUAGCUUAGAUCUUCACUCCGCUUUUUGCCCCCAGAUCCCAGCUCAUUCAGAACAUUGAAUACUUCUCUGUAACACAGAAUACCACUGUAACAAUACCCAUGAGCGGCGAUGACACGUUUCACUCCAAUAAGACGGGAGGAUUUUUUAAAACCAGCUACUCCUUGGUUCACAUUCAUCCAUUUGCUUUUUUUUUUUGGAUAUAUUGGUCUGCUCUUUAGACGUUCCUCUGCUUGGGAUGUUAUCAGUAUUGCAAAAUGACAGGACUCUUUUAAAAAAAAAACAACAACCUGGCGGUGGGCAGCUGGGCUCGCUGACAUUUUUCUUAAAGGUUUGACAGAAUAUUUAGACUAAGUUUUGCUCUGGACUGUGAAGCAGACUGAAAUGUUUAGAGCCAGGUGUAGCAGGGGCAGUCAAGGAAGUCUUAUUGACAAUGUAUGAACUAGCAGCGAAGACUUUUCUCUUAUAGUUGUGUCCUUCCAUAGAACCUAUCCUUGGCUUGACAUCAAGGCCCGUUAAGUUUCUGUGUGUUGUAUUACACCCUCAGAAGGGUUUCUGCUUUUUUCACUGGGGCUUUUUUAAAGGAUUUACAGGUCUUUUCUAUGCUUGUUCGGGAUUAUAAGAAACUGUUGCAUAUUGUUAACACUUUUGAACAUCGGUGUCGCCUGUGUCCACGUGGAGGAACUGCAGCCCUCUGUGGGGUUAGUCAAGGGAGAUGAAAAGCAGCAGAAGCACUUUUCUGCCAUCAGAACAGAUCGGUUCUGCUUGACUGCAGCUGCGUUCUUAUGUUUAACUUAGAUCGCCUGCCUCACCUCAAGCAAAUUAUUUUGUUUGUCCCCAAGGCUGUGCAGAGUCUUGCCCCCACCUGUAGGGUUCGCUGUGGCCUUCGGUUCCGAGCCCUGCAGUGGAUCAGGCCUGGAGUUUCUUCUGCCCUUUGCGUAUCAGCCCAUGUACAGACUAAUGUUUUUAAUGUCUCUGUUGUUUUGUACUGUACUAACAGCUCAAAUGUGAUUCUCUUUUUUAAAAAAGAAUAUUCAUAUAAAACACCCUUUGUCUGCGAUUAAAUUACCAUACUCUGUAGAACCAUGUAAUUCUUUUACUAACUCAGCACACAUUCCCAUGAAACAUGGUGAAAGUUACCAUAAAUAUCAGUGUGGAAGAGCUAUAUGUUAAAAAGGGUUGGUUGAGCAGAAACGCGUCUUUUCCAAAGGCAAAUACCACACAAGUAGUUUGGUCCGCUGCAGCAUAUGGUGACUCAUUGAUGCGUGGUUUGAUAUGCAUGAUGGUCAAUAAUUGAAUUCUCCUCCUUUUCUAUGAGUAUGUUCAGUGAGCAGUAUGAAAGAGUGAUUAGGUUUCUGGGUUAUAAACUCAAAGCUUAUGGGUUCAAAUCCUGGGUGAGCCACUGAUCUUGUAGCCUUGAGCAAGGUAUUUCACCGAGAUUGUUCCAGUACAAUACCCCCCCUUUAGAAAUGAGUGGGAAUGUCAGUUGCUAACGGACAAAAUCACCAGUCAAAUAAAGGAAAUUAAGUAGUACAGGUUACAUUUAGAGAUUCCCACUUUUGGUGUUUGCUUUCAGGGAAUAGCUCCCACUUUAAACUAAUUACUGAUUUUAAGUCAAUUCUGGGGUCUAAGCAGGAGGAAGUUAAAUGCUACAUCCUGUACAUUUCAGAGUACAGGGUUAGAAAUUAAGUUUUAGAAAUAAAAGCUUAAAUGCUGCAUUUUUUGGAACUGCAUAGUAGAAUGUGGAUAUUUCAUGUUGAAAUAACAUUAAAUGGCAUUAAUUAACAGUUGUUAGCAAAUCUCUUGUACAACAGUGUGUUUCAAAAGCAACCAAAAUGCAAAAGACACACUGGAAGCUAAAUGAGGCUCUCCAGAAGAGUGAAGCAUGAAUCAAACAGAUUUGCAAACAAGGGAUUGGGAUCACCUCUCAGCCAGGUUCCUGUGUAGAAUAAACUCAAAACAAGUAGUUCAGUCGCGAGGGGAACAAACCUUGUUUCAAAGUUAUUCAUAUUGAUCAAACCAAAAUGACUCUCAGAACUUGUAAAGGGGUGUCGUAUGAAAAUGAACCCUGAAACAGAAACUCGCAUCUGGGAUGUUCUUUUGACAGCUAACCCUUUUGAGUCAAAGGCAGUAGGUGGCAGUGUUGGACAGUUUCUGCUUCCACAUGCCUUUAUAGAGGAACUGCAGUCAGCUGCUGCACAUUUUAUUACAGUGUGCAUGAACUUGUACUGAAAGAUCUUUGGAGUGCACAGCACAACUGUUGGGAAAAAAAACAGCUAAACCUAUAAGUUUAUAGAAGUAUUCAAAGCCUUGCAUCUCUUUGUCAGUACACUAACACUCCAGAUACUUUAACAUAAGUCAUUCUGUAAAAUCAUCUGUGGGCUUCCCUGAAAUAUAGGGAUUUUUUAUUAAAAUGUUUAAAUCUGUAUUAUGACAAAAGCAGGCACGGACAUUUACUGGAAAAGAUGCCAAUCAAAUAUUAUCUGCAAUUUACUGAAAAGCAAAAAUUCCAUACAGAGGGCAUAUAAGAACCAGGAGAUUUCACUGAGCUUUACUCAUAGAAGCCACUGUUUAAAAUUCCAUUGAACUUACAUUUUCUAUAUUUUAAAAAGAUCCAAGGAAAUAAAAUUUUAAAAACAUGCCAGGGACAUAAACAUACAACGCAGCGAGCUAAUGAUGCUUUUGGUUUUGGAAAUCUGAAUAAAUAUAUAUUUCUUUGUAUAGAAAACUCUUCGGUAAAAUUUUACAUGUGUUUUCAUAAAUGUAUGUGGGUGGGGAUAUUCCAAACAGAAAUGGUGCUUAUGCCCCACAUAAUCAAGAGAAGGAACAUUCACAACUAGGGUAUUGCUGCAUUGUUCAUUAAAAAGGACAUAAUACCUUUCCCAUUUGCCCAGAUAAGUGGAAAAAAUGGAAAGGAGACAACAUGAGGCAUGUCAAAAACCAAUGCUAAAGAAAAAGACACAGCAAGCCUCCUCUUUUUUUGUACAACUUUUACUAAAACGGUGCAGACUGCAACCAAACCAUUUGAAAACGACAACGCUUGUUUGACAAGGCACUGCUGCCAUGAGAUAAAAUUACUAAAAACGUUUCUGUCAAAUAAAUGUCACCACAUCAUUAUUUACAGAAGGAAAAAACUGCCAGAAAACUCAUGACUUUGUCAUAACUAAAAAAAAAUGGAAAAGAACCAGAAUUAUAUUUGUAUAAUAAUCAGUGUGCAGCUUUUAAGACCUACCUUAUUCCUAAACUAUAUGAACCAGUGUUAUUCAUAGAGGCAUUCAAACUGGUUGCGGAAAUUUGUGACCAUGUGAUAUGUACUAUACGUGAAGAAGCUCAAAUUUAUUUUUGCGUUACAAUAAAACUUUCUUAAUUAGUAAAAAACUUCCAAAUUAAAAACAAAAAUUGUUUUGAUGUUUUCUCAACACGAAGGAACUCAAUAUAAAGUCUAGGGGGUCCCCUAACUUCUUCUGGUUUUUGAUGUGUUUAGUUCAAGUUUUGUGUUUAGUUCAAUGUUCAAUGUUUGAAUAUUUAAAAACGUUACAUAGCCUUGUUUAAUAAGCUUUGAACAACCAUACAGUUUAGAUGGGCCCAGUGGCCUUCCAACAUUUGUUAGUUUCUUUAAUUAAAUGGGUGAAAGCUGUCACCCUAUAGUAACAGUUUAUUUUAAAAAUAUUAUUUAAAUCAGUUAA